CUAAUAAUGGUUUUAUCACGUGAUCCGGUAAGAAAAUUUUUCGAAUCUGGCGUCCAAGCACAGUCCCAAAUAAUACGGUGCCCAUGUUCGAUCACGAGAAACGCUCAACAAUAGCGAAUCAUCAGUUUUAGGAUGGCAACACGUGAAACUAUAGUAAACUAUUUACACCAAUCAAAACCUGUUUCGCAAUUUUUAAAACACCCAAUUCCAUUUGAAAAAUGAUGCAUUUCAUGUUAUUAUUUAGCCGACAAGGCAAACUUCGUUUACAAAAAUGGUAUGUUGCACAUCCGGACAAAACAAAGAAAAAAAUUACUCGAGAUUUAGUCAAUCUGAUAUUGGCUAGAAAACCCAAACAUUGUUCAUUUGUUGAAUGGCAAGAUUUUAAAAUUGUCUAUAAACGAUAUGCAAGUCUUUAUUUCCUAUGUGCCAUUGAACAAUCGGAUAAUGAAUUGCUAUGUUUGGAAUUGAUACAUCGUUACGUUGAAUUGUUGGAUAAAUAUUUUGGAAGCGUCUGUGAAUUGGAUAUCAUUUUCAACUUUGAAAAAGCAUAUUUCAUUCUUGAUGAACUUUUAUUGGGCGGUUUCAUCCAGGAAACAAGCAAAAAGAAUGUCCUGAAAGCAAUAUCAGCACAGGAUCUGGUACAAGAGGAGGAAACGCCGCAAGGAUUUUUUGAAGAUCAUGGAUUAGGUUGAUGAUUAUAUAAUGAUUAAUAUGUUCGAAAUUCGUUUCAUUAAUGGUGAAAUUUUCAUGGUUCGUCGACAUUUCAUUUUAAUUUGAUAUUAUUGGAUUAUUAGAAUGUGAUUGUUUUCCUCUUUGAUUAUACAAAUUUUUUAAAUUAAAAAUUUAUUUAAAAAAAAUAAUAAAAAUCAUGAAAUUCUGAAAUCAA